CGAGAAGGAAGGCAAAGCCAGCACUUGAAAAAUGAAGUCACCUCCUUGCUGCAUCUCCCUUUCGUCUGGCGCAUCUGCAGAGGAGCUGGGCAAGAGCUCAUCCUUGGGAUCUUUGGAGUCCAGUGUCUUCUGCAGUGAGGAGGAGACAGGAUCCUUGUUGCAGCAGGUGGCCCCAUCUCUAGACUGCAUCACCAUCAAUGUCGGAGGGGCCCGGUUUGUCCUGUCCCAGAAGAAGCUCUGCUGCUACCCGGAUACAAGGCUUGGCAAACUGGCCGUGGUGGUGUCAGCUGCUCGGGAUGUUGCUUCCAGUCUUCUGGAUCUUUGCGAUGAUGCCAACUUGCUGGAGAAUGAAUUUUUUUUUGACCGGAGCUCUCAAGCAUUCAGCUACAUCCAUAACUAUUACCAGACUGGACGGCUGCAUGUGAUGGAUCAGCUGUGUGCACUUUCUUUCCUGCAGGAGAUCCAAUACUGGGGCCUGGAUGAGCUCAGCAUUGAUUCCUGCUGUAGAGACAGGUACUUCAGACGGAAGGAACUGAGUGAAUCUUUGGACAUCAAGAAAGAUGCUGAAGAAAUGGAUGCCCAAGACGUAGAAGAGGACUUCUCUGGAAGCCUGUGUCCUCGCUUUAGGCAGAAACUUUGGGAGAUAAUGGAAAAACCUGGAUCGUCUCUAACUGCCAGGAUUUUUGGUACUGUCUCCAUGGCCUUUGUCAUCAUCUCUAUUGCUAACAUGGCUCUCAUUUCAGUGGAACUGAGCUGGCUCUCAGUAGAGUUCCUAAAUACUGUGGAGUAUGUGUGCAUUGCCUGGUUCACAGGAGAGUUCAUCCUUCGGUUCCUCUGUGCACGGGACAGAUACCUCUUCAUGAGAAGCAUAGCAAAUAUCAUAGACCUUCUGGCCAUCUUGCCCUUCUACAUCACUCUGUUAGUGGAGAGCUUGCCUGGGAGACACAGCUCUCAAGAGCUGGAAAACAUGGGGCGGAUUGUUCAGGUGCUGAGGCUCCUAAGGGGUCUGCGCAUGCUGAAGUUGGGCAGGCAUUCAACAGGUUUGCGGUCUCUUGCAAUGACAAUUGCACAGUGCUAUGAAGAAGUUGGCAUGCUUCUACUUUUUCUCUCGGUGGGCAUCUCCAUUUUUUCCACCGUGGAGUAUUUCGUUGAGCAAGGUAUCCCUGGUACAGCCUUCUCAAGUGUGCCCUGUGCCUGGUGGUGGGCUACGACAUCCAUGACAACAGUUGGCUAUGGAGACCUUAGACCAGACACAACAGCUGGCAAAAUAGUUGCAUUUAUGUGCAUAUUAUCUGGAAUACUCGUCCUAGCUUUGCCAAUAGCCAUAAUCAAUGAUCGAUUUUCAACCUGCUAUUUUACACUGAAGAUAAAGGAAGCGGCUCUUCGUCAGAGGGAAGCCUUGAAGAAGCUCACAAAGAACAUGUCCAGUGACUCCAACAGCAGCAUUAACUUACGAGACGUGUACGCUCGAAGCGUUAUGGAUGUGCUGAGGCUGAAAAGCCGAGACAGAACAAGUACAAGGAGUAGUGGUGGGGAUGAGUUUUGGUUUUGAUUUUUCUUUUGUAAGAGCUGUCAAUAAGAUUGCAACAGCUUUGAUAACAGAGGCUAACAUUUCCUUGAUAAGCUCUCUUAAUAAAUUUGCUUUUCCAAGUUGUUUAGAAUUUGAGAACUAGGACAAGGCCAAAGGGAUACU